AUGGCGAUCCAGAAGAAGCACGGUAAAGGUCGUUUGGAUAAGUGGUAUAGGCUUGCGAAGGAAAAGGGCUACAGAGCGCGUGCUGCUUUCAAGCUGAUCCAGUUGAAUAAGAAGUACGGGUUUCUUGAAAAGAGCAAGGUUCUUCUGGAUCUUUGCGCAGCCCCCGGUUCGUGGUGUCAAGUCGCUGCAGAAUGUAUGCCCGCGCAGAGUAUUAUUGUCGGCGUUGAUCUUGCGCCCAUCAAACCUAUUCCUCGAGUUAUUUCGUUCCAGAGCGAUAUUACGACCGAAAAAUGUCGCGCCACGAUCAGACAACAUCUGAAACACUGGAAGGCAGAUACGGUGCUUCACGAUGGUGCACCUAAUGUCGGUACCGCGUGGGUGCAGGAUGCUUUCUCGCAGGCAGAAUUGGUGUUGCAGUCAUUAAAACUAGCCACUGAGUUCUUGAUCGAGGGCGGUACAUUCGUUACCAAGGUCUUCAGGUCUAAAGAUUAUAACCCCUUGCUGUGGGUGUUCAAGCAGCUGUUCAAUUCUGUUGAAGCCACAAAGCCUCCUUCGUCGCGAAAUGUUUCCGCCGAAAUCUUCGUUGUCUGCCGCGGAUUCAAGGCACCCAAGCGCAUUGAUCCCAAGUUCCUUGAUGCGAAACACGUCUUUGCCGAACUUUCAGCUCCCACUCCGAACAAUGAAGCUAAGGUUUUCAAUCCUGAAAAGAAGAAGCGUAAGAGAGAAGGUUAUGAGGAAGGAGACUGGACGCAGCACAAGGAGAUCUCGGUUACCGAGUUCAUCAACACCACCGAUCCAAUUGCCAUCCUUGGUACAUACCACAAGCUUAGCUUUGACCAGUCUCCUGGUGGAGACCUUGCGCUGGCUACUCUGGGAAGACUUGAAGAAACCACCGACGAAAUUCGGACUUGCUGUGAGGAUCUUAGGGUGCUCGGCAAGAAAGAGUUCCGCAGUCUACUGAAGUGGCGGAUCAAGGUCCGUGAAAAGUUCGGUCUGGUCGUCAAGAAAGGACAGGCAACGAAGGAUGAGGCUGAGGAAGUAGCGGAGGUUGCACCUAUGGAUGAGGAACUGGCUAUUCAAGAGGAGCUACAGCGCAUUCGGGACCAAGAAAACUCGAGGACCAAGAAGGAACGUCGCAAAGAAAACGAGAAGAAGCGCAAGGAAAUUGUUCGGAUGCAAAUGAACAUGACGACCCCGAUGGAAAUCGGUAUGGAGCAAGGUGGACUCGGGGAUGAGGACUCGGUCUUUUCAUUGAAGCGAGUCGACCGGCUGAAUGCUCGAGCCGCGAUGGUCUCUGGGAAGGAAGCCGAGGUCGAAAGUGAGAGUGAAGAGGACGCAGAAUCAGACGGUGAUGGGUCUGACGAUGAUGGAGAUCGUCUGGAAAGAGAACUUGACUCGAUGUACGACCAAUACCAGGAGCGCAGAGAGGACACGGAUUCCAAGCUGCGUGCCAAAAAGGCAAGGAAAGCCUACGAGACGGAAGAAUGGGAAGGAUUCUCCGAGAAUGACGGGAAGGACGACGAUGGUGAAGAUUCUCAAUCUGAUUCCGAAACGACUCCAACUGCAGACGAUGCCCAGGCAUCUACACAUCUCUCCAACAAGGCUACUCUAUUCUUUGAUCAAGACAUCUUCCAGGGUCUGGAAGAUAUAGAAGAUCUGGAAGAUGGUGAUAGCGCUGACGAAAUGGAACAAGACGCCGUCCCGGCAAAGGGCAAAAAGUCGGAAUCGGAAAAAAGCAAGACCAAGGAAACAAAGCAAGCGAAGAAAGCGGCAGAGCAGUCCGAUGACUCCUCUGAUGAUGAGGAAGUCGAACGGCUUGAGGAUCCUCGAAAGGCAAAUGGCCAGCUUGACAUUGAUAUCAUCACUGCAGAGGCCAUGGCGCUUGCUCAGUCUCUAGCUACAGGUGAAAAGAGAUCUGUAGAUGUUAUGGAUGAUGGGUUCAAUCGAUACGCUUUCCGCGACGUCGACGGCCUUCCUGAAUGGUUCCUGGACGAUGAGGGUAAGCAUGGCAAGCCCCACCGCCCGAUCACCGCGGCCGCGGCCGCAGCGAUCAAGGAGAAGAUGCGUGCCAUCAACGCACGCCCCAUCAAGAAGGUCAUGGAGGCCAAGGGCCGCAAGAAGAUGAAGGCCGCCCAGAAAUUGGAGCGUCUUCGCAAGAAGUCGGCGCUUCUGGCGGAAGAUGAAACCCUCACUGAGCGGGACAAGUCUCAGGCGAUCGCGAGGCUCAUGAGCAGGGCCGUCAAGAAGAAGCCCAAGCAGCAGGUCAAACUGGUGGUGGCCCGAGGCAGCAACAAGGGUAUCUCUGGUCGUCCUCGUGGCGUCAAGGGCAAGUACAAGAUUGUGGAUUCGCGCAUGAAGAAGGAUAUUAGGGCCCAGAAGAGGCUUGCAAAGAAAAAGUCCUAA